UACGUUGGCGGCGCGCGCGAGGCCCGGCACCGGCAGUUGGUAGCCACGCGCUGCUGAGCUCGCGCCAACUCCCUCCCUGCACCUCUUACCAUGUUCCCCACCGCCCCCGGCUCCCCGCGCACCCCGGGCGGACCGGCCCGUAGGCCCCUCGGGGCCGCCGCAGUCUCCGUUCCCCGGGCGGGCGGCAGGAAGAGCCUGGCGGCGGCCGGCUCCCCGGGGCUGUUCUCCCCGGUGGGGAGGAGGAGCGGCUCCCUGUCGGCGCGAGCAACACCCACAAGAGUCAUACAACAUCCUUCAGCCAGUGAGACUAUCAACUAUGAUGUUAAGAGUUUUGGAUCCUCUCUCCCUGUUAAGGUUAUGGAGGCCCUAAGAAAGGCUGAUGCUGAUGACCCGUUAAGCGUGCAGGUAGAUGAAAGUGGAUGGGCCUGGCUAGUCUACAAAGAGAGGCUGAUUAUUUGGAAGAUUGGUCAAUCACCAGUUGCUAAGUUAUCUGUAUGCAAGGAACUACAGUUGCCAUCCAGUGAUUUCCAGUGGAGUUCUAGCUUGGCAGCUAUAUCCUGCCUCAGUACCUCAAGUGAAGUACCUUCUCUACAAUCUCUGUCAGCAAUGGUUGCCACCAGCGAAGGGUUUGUACGUUAUUGGCCCAGUCUUGUGCAUGAAGGUUCCUAUACGGAGACUUUUACAGACUUUAGAGGCUCUCUGUGCAGUUUUCUAACAGCUGUAAAGGGAGGAAGUUUUGUUUUAUCAUCUUCAAGGGGCCAGCUAGUUCGAUUGAUACCAGACAGUUCUGGUAAGAUCCAUCAGCAUGUCCUGCCACAGGGACAGGGCAUGUUUUCUGGAAUUGGCCGAAGAGUCUCCUCUCUCUUGGGGAUUUUAUCUCCCAGUAAUGAUGCUGCGCUUUCUAGUGUUCUUUGGGACAAAGAGAGAUCAAGCUUUUAUGCACUGACCAGUUCAAAUCUAAACAAAUGGGAGAUAGACGAUUCUGCUGAACGUCAAGUUCUCAGCUGGGAUAUCAACAGAAUCCUUAAAGAACACAUCACAGAUGCAAUUUGGGGCUCUGAAAGUAGCUAUGAAGAUAUUAAAGGAGGAGUCAACGUUCAGUAUUUGGAUUUGCAGCGAAACCGUGAUGGACUGGUAAUUUUGGCUGCAGCAUGGCAUCUUGGAGACAGUCCAUGUCUCACCUAUUACACUCUCAUAACAGUGGAGGAUAAAGGUUACCACAUGUCUGAUGAUGUUGUUGUGGAGGUCACCCAAUAUAAUCCACCCUUUCAGUCUGAAGAACUGAUGUGCUGUUUCGUGGUCCCAGACUUCUUUAGCCAUGCUGCCUACCUGUAUACUGAAGAUGAGGUCUUUGCUUGUUCAACUGGAACUGGAAGAAUUUCUUUACCACAGGAGAAAAUUUUUUUUGGUGCACAAGGUGAUAGCAUUUUAGGAGCAGGUUCUUACACUGGAGUUCCCAUUUUUUUCACCAGAAAAAGUGGGCUUGUGGCCAUCUUUUCUAGGGAAAGUGUGUCUGUGCUUCCUGAAGACCUUGAGGAUUCCCUGUCCUCUUCUGUAGCUGGACCAAAUAAUGAGGGUUCUGCAUUUGAUGCUACCAGUAGAAUGGAGAUUAUAGCACAAGAGGAUAAAACUAAAUUACUGAAAGCUGCUUUUCUACAGUACUGCAGAAAAGAUGUAAUCAGUGCACAGAGCAUGGUUGUUGAGCUCUUUCCACCAAAUGCAGACCUGGAUUCUGAUACUGAACUGGAUAGAGCUGUAAUUCAGAUCAGUGUAGACUUAGUGGAUGAUUACCCUGCAUCUGACCCACGAUGGGCUGAAUCUGUACCAGAGGAAGCAGCUGGUUUCAGCAAUACAUCCCUUAUUCUCCUUCAUCAGUUGGAGGAUAAGACGAAAGCCCAUUCCUUCUUCAUUGACUUUCUUCAUCAGGUUGGCUUAUUUGAAUGUCUGGGCAGUUUUCCAGUAAGAGGGAUGCCAAUGACAACUCGAUUGUUGCUCUGUGAACAUGCAGAAAAGUUAGCAGCAGCCAUUGUUCUCAAGAACCACCACUCCAGACUGCCAGACUUGGUGAACACCGCAAUAUUGAUUGCUUUAAACAAAAGGGAAUGUGAUAUUCCACAAAGUCUUACCCCUGCAGAUGUUUUCUUUAGAGAGGUAUCCCAGAUAGAUACGAUCUUUGAAUGCUUAUUAGAUCAUGAGGAGCAAAUCUUGAAGGAUACACCAAUUGAAUCCAUUGAGUGGGCCCAGAUAGUUGUCGAUGUGAAUAACAUCAUAAAGGAUAUGCUACAAGCUGCCAGCCAGUAUCGCCAGUCUAGAGCCUCUUUAUAUAAAACAGGAGAGCUCCCGGAAAGAGAACCUGAAUAUGUUCCAUGGACAGCAUCUAGUGGUCCAGCUGGCAUACGAACAGCAAUAAUACGUCAGCAUGGAAUUAUUCUGAAAGUUGUUUAUCCUCAAGUGGACAGUAACCUCCGUAGCAUUGUGGCUGAACAGUUGGUGGCGCUGCUAGAUUGCUUUCUAGAUGGCUUUGUUUCUCAGCUUAAAUCUGUGGACCGGCCUGCUGAUCAAGAUAGAUACAAUAAUCUAGAAAUGGAAUAUAUCCAGAAAAGAUCGGAACUUUUGUCUCCUCUUCUUUCCCUAGGACAGUAUCAGCUGGCAGCUGCUUUAGCAGAGAAGUAUUGUGACUUUGAUAUCUUGGUACAAAUGUGUGAGCAGACUGAUAAUCAGGCCAGACUACAACGUUAUAUGACGCAGUUUGCAGAUCAGAAUUUUUCAGAUUUCCUGUUUCGUUGGUACUUAGAAAAAGGAAAGCGAGGAAAGCUGUUAUCUCAGCCUAUUGCUCAGCAUGGACAGCUGGCCAGUUUCUUGCAAGCUCAUGAGCAUCUCAGUUGGUUACAUGAAAUCAAUAGUCAAGAUCUGGAAAAGGCUCACAGAACGCUGCAGGCUUUGGCAAAUGUGGAGACCAGAUAUUUUGCAAAAAAGAAAACUCUUCUUGGCUUGAGUAAACUAGCUGCAUUGGCAUCUGACUUUUCAGAAGACUUAUUGCAUGAAAAAAUAGAAGAAAUAUCAGAACAGGAGCGUUUUCUGUUACAUCAGGAGACCUUACCUGAACAACUGCUGGCUGAUAAACAGAUGAACCUCAGUGUCAUGCCUGUAUUGACUGCACCUCAGCUUAUCGAUCUGUACAUAUGUGAUGAGAACAGAAGAGCUAAUGAGUAUGACUUCAAGAAAGCACUGGACCUGCUGGAAUAUAUUGAUGAGGAGGAAGAAGUGGAUGUAAAUGAUCUUAAGCUUAAAAUUCUUUGUAAAGCUCUCCAAAGAGACAGUUGCAGUUGGUCCAGUUCAGAAGGUAAAGAUGAUCCAAUUGAAGCAUCUAAAGACAGUAUAUUUGUGAAAAUACUACAAAAGUUAUUGAAAGAAAGAGUUCAGCUCAGUGAAUAUUUACCGGAGGUGAAGGACUUGCUGCAAGCAGAUGAACUUGGCAACUUGAAAUCCAAUCCUUAUUUUGAAUUUGUGCUAAAGGCAAACUAUGAACACUAUGUUCAAGGACAAGCAUGAUGACUUUUAACAUUUUUGAAAGUAGAAAUUUCUAAAGAACUGAGUUAAAGCAGUGUAUACUUUUUUACAUUCUGUAUGUACUUGGUUAAACCUUUGUAAUAAAGUUUAUACAGUAAUGUGUUUGGCUUUUGAAAUUAACAGUCUUUACAAUAUAGCUAAGUCUCUUAAUUUCUCUCUAGGAAACUCACUUUCUCUCCCGAGGCUGUAAAUGUAUGGCUGAUUUUCAUUUUCUGUGCCUCUUUUGGUUUCACAUUUGUUCUGUACUUUUGUCUCGUGUGCAGGAAGUCUCAACACUAGAGGCACAUACACCUGGGUGAAAUCCUGGCCCCAUUGAAAAUCAUGAGAGUUUUGCCAUUGACUUCACUGGGGCCAGGAUUUCACCCCGGGGAGUAUAUAUUGGAAAAAAUACAAUAAAUGUUAAAUGAUGGCCGAAUAUAUAGCUUUUUGGAUUAAGAAAUGAAAGCCAUGCUUGUGUAAGGCACUCUGCUUAGAAAUUAGGCUUUUGGUAUAAAACUUUGCAUUGAUACAACACCUUCCAUCUGAAGAGAUCCAUGCAAUACAUGGAUAGGUAAGUAGGCCCCAUUUACAGAAAAGGAAACUGUCACAGAAAUGAUAAGUGACUUGCACAAGGUCACUCCCUGUGCCAGUGGCAGAUAGGAAUAGAACCCAGAUCUCCUGACUUAAAAGUCCCCUGGCCUAGCAAAUACAUCAAUCUUUCAACUUGUCCGUAAAUCCAGUUUUUCACAUAAAUUUUCAACAAAUCCAGAGCAAUUUUUUAGAUUAAGGUUACAAAUUCAAAAGUUAUCUAUAGAUUUUUACAUUUUUAAAACAAUGAGAUUGAAGUUUGCACCAUACAGUAAUUGACAAUAAAUGCCUAGAACCUAAGCUCACAGGAAACCUAGAAAGCAGUUACCAAAGUGAGAGUCCAGGAAGACCUUCCUUACUCGAAGACUCAUUCUUUACUAGUAGAUGCCAACUUACCCCAGUUCACUUAUCUCUGACAUGAUGAUAAAAGAAAGUCCAUGUAACUCUUAACAUUGUAAUGGUUCUCAGACUGAAAUAACAGGUUUAAUUUAAAAUCAUAUAAAAAUUGCUUUAAUCUGACAAAACGCAGGAGGAGCUUUUCUUUUACAAAUAGUUUAAUGUCCAGAGAGUGAAUGCAGAGCA